AGUCUUCGUGAGCAAAUGAUGCAUGUUAACCUUCUCCGCCGCGUUGGCGCACGCAGCGUUGCCACCGAGUCUGCCAUAGGCGCUCGGAUGAGAGCCUUCUCGUAUUCGACGUCGCGCGUCUCCAUGCGGUGUGCAGCAACCUCCUCCGCCUCGCUCAGCUACCCCCUCUCCCACGCUCGCCGCCACUUCUGGAACCCCUUCGCGUCCUUCACCAAAAACGAUCCGCCCGCGCUCGACCCAGCAGAGCAGCGCAACGCGGACCAGCACGCCAAGAUCGUCACGGAGGCCCACCGCGACGCCGACAAGCAAAAUGAACUUUUGCUGGGCGCCUGCUUAGACUUGUUGGAGAUGUGCGGCGGCAGCGCAGCUGGCGCGCCCCCGUCGGACAAGUUAGAUGAGACUGCCCGGGACAGCAUCUGGACCUUGGUCGACGUCAUGCUGCACGACCACCGCCGUACGCUGGCGGAGCAGUUUGACCUCGUCUACGCCGCCCUCUGCCUCCCGGCCGCGCAGGAGUGCCGGGACGUGCAGCGCUGCCUCCUCGUGGUUCUGCACACCGUUCUCCCUGAGGCCCUCUACCGCGUGUUUGAGAGCGUGAACCUGUACGUCGUGAACGACGAUGCGCAGUCGCAGGAGCAGCGUGAGGCCCUUCUACGCUUCGUACACGCCAUGCUGGGGGAUCUGCGUGCGCCGCCAAAUUUGGAAGAUGAGGAGGUGUUGGCGGUGUACUUCGACGAUGUCACGGCGAUGUUCCCGGCGCUCGCGGCGUGCCCUGCCUGGGGAGAAUUGGAAAAGGACGCCUCGGUCAUUGCCCUCCGGGCGAAGCUGUUCGCAUUGCUGGGUCGUCUGUGCGCUGAGUUUGACAAGGAUAAAUCGGGCAAAGUGAAGCUGGACGAUCUGCGCUCCACAGCGCGGCGGGUGCUGGGGGAGGAGCAGGCGACGCAGCUGCUGGAAGGUGCGCGGCCGGAUAAGAAUGGCAAGAUUGCCUACCCGCAGCUAGCGGCGUUGCUGACGCGUCCGCCGCCGAAGCGCGAGGUGAAAAGUCAUAAAUGA